GUUGAGAAGAGUGUGAUACUCGAAGAGGGCGGGGUCAGGGUCUUAGGAGCGGGCGGUGCCUACACUCGCCCAUGCCCCCUUUUGCCCUCCGCUGGCUGCGGGGGGAAGAAGCGUGAACUUGAACGCAGCCUUCACUGCUCAGUGCGAGUCCAGGCAGAGGCCAGCAGACAGUCUUAUCAGUCCGUCCCCGUCCACUCGGGUUUCGGUCAACUUAUCGGAGACGGAGCAGCCGGACGCGUGCUGGUGUUUUGCAGGAGGUGUGUGGGGGGGGGUUUAUUAAUUUGCUGUUUGAGAGCCAGAAAGGUGCCACACGCGGGACGGCUCGACGCGAUGUCCAGGCGCAAACUUGGAAGCAGACCUCAGCACCUGAGUGUGAUUCAAGAUGGCACCGACGUGACAGAUCGCACCAGCUCCUCAGACGACCAGCGUCCUCUUCCCCCUCGUCCUCCACAGGUCCAAGCCCCUGACGAGUGUCGCGACCUCCUGACCUGUGGCCAGUGCAGCCGGGCUUUCCCCCUGGCCCACAUCCUGUCCUUCAUCCAGCACAAACAGGGAGGCUGCCGCUCUAGAAACCAUGCCCCAAACACCAAUGCCACGCCCCCAUCACCUGCCAACAGGACGCUACAGAACGUCGCCAAUGCCGAGCCGGGGCCAGGCUUCAUCGAGCUGAGGAGGGGGGCGCCCAGAGAGCGUGGCUGGGGGGAAGAGCCCGGUGCGAGGGUGAAGGCAGAGCACAACAGAGCAGUGCCUGAGGAGCCAUCUUAUUUCACCUGCCAGCAGUGUGAAGGUGUGUUUCCCUCUGCAUGGUCACUCCUACAGCAUGCUCAACACACACACUCCUUCAGCAUCUACCAGGAGGACGUGGAAGAGGACACUGACACCAGAAGAGGAAGAGGAAGACGUGGGAUUAAGGAGCAAAAGCCCGCCGCAGCCACUUUGGACCCUCGCCACCUGAGCCAGGCCCUUUCCUCCGCCUUCCAGCCCUCAGCCCUGCGCCUCAGCCGCUCCCGUCAGACUCACAUCACCUCCACCAACACCUCCUGUGGUACUCUUCAGGCUCUGAACUUUUCAGUGCGGCUCAGGGAGCUCGCGGAGGGGAACAACACCACCAGCAGCAGCUCGCCUGGGGGCCUGGUGCUGUCUCCAUCCUCCUCUCCACCCGCAGCCUCUCCCUUUCCUCAGACUGGCACCCUCCAGGAUGGCUUCCGGUGCGAGCUGUGCAACCAGAACUUCCACUCCCUUCACGCCCUCUCCACUCAUCGCAGGUCUCACACCUGCAAUCGCCCCUAUCACUGCGGCGUGUGUGGGCAGGCCUUUGCCCAGAGCGGCCAGCUGGCUCGUCACAUACGGAGCCAUCACAGGGAGGCUGGAGUUGGAUAUGAGUCGAUGGAGAUAAUGCUUAUGGAGGAGGAUGUAGGGAGGCGAGGGAGGUUUCAACUGCAGCCAGCAGUAGAGAUGGGAAAGGUUGGAGCCGACAUGAGAGCUCAGGACUGCUCUGAGCUGGACCUGACCUUGCCCAAAUAUCCGUCCAUGGCCUCAAGCCUGACAGUGCUGACCACACAAGUCCAUCAGAGGCUGUACCAGCACCAGGGAGAGGGAGGGGAGGAGGAGACAGAGGGGCAGGGGGAGCCUCAGCACACCUCACCCUGUGCCAGCCCCUCUGAGGGCUCACUGGAGAGCGGAGAGACAGGGGGCAGCGGCGAGAGCGGCAUUGCCAGCGGGAACUGCACGCCCAAACGUCCAGAGAUGGGAGUGCAAGGAGUGGGAGAGUGGGAGAACGAACAAGGAGAGAUCAUAGAGAGGGAAACAGAGUGGAGCUCAGACAAAGUCAGCGAGGUUGUGCAGGAGUGGCAGAGGGAGAACGAGCGGAGGAGUGUAGGUGGAGGAGGAGGAGGAGGAAACGUGAGCAGUGUACCCACCGGUUCAGCAGGUAGGAAGAAGAAAGAUGAAGCAUGCGAGUACUGUGGCAAACAUUUCAGAAACAGCAGCAAUCUGACCGUGCACCGUCGCAGCCACACCGGAGAACGACCCUACCGCUGCGGCCUCUGCAACUACGCCUGCGCUCAGAGCUCAAAACUGACACGCCACAUGAAGACCCACGGAACCCAGGGGGCUAAAGCCUCCUUCCUGUGUCAGCUGUGCGCCGUGCCCUUCACGGUGUAUGCCACUUUAGAGAAACACCUGAAGAAAGUUCACGGCCUGAGUCAUGCCAGUGUGGGAGCGUAUGCGCAGGCCAGCGCCGCAGACACUUUGGCUGCUAUAAAAGCAGAAGAGGCAGCGGCAGCAGAAGUGGUGGUGAAGAUGGAGGAGGAGGAAGCCAGUCUGGAUCAAAUAGAAAUGGAAAGCAAAAUGCAGAGUGAUGUGGUGAAAAGCAUGGAGGUGGAGGAGGGGCAGAGCCAAGAAGAAUAUGUGGAGAACAGCAGGAGUCCGGACAGAGUGGGUGAUCUCCCACCUGAGAGCAAAGUAGAAGUGAGCUAAGCGUUGAGUUCUGCGCCAUGAGAGCCGCUCUCAUUCACUCGCUGACAUUAAAAUAGCCCUGUAUAGGAUCGCCCACUCAAAUAAAAAAAAAAGUCCUCCCAUCAUCGAGCCAACAGUCACAUUACACUGGUAUCUACUUUAAGGAAGACGCUCUGUACAAAGCAGCAGGCGGUUCUCGCCCUCCCUUCCUGUCUGCCAGCACUGAGGCACACAGCAGCCAUAUUUUAAUGAUUGUAUGCAAAGCUGCUGAAACCAAGUGCCUACAGUUUCUUUAGACCACAGAGAAACAAAAAACAAAAAAAAAGAGGCUGUGACAUUCAGCAGGGAGAUUACCAGAGCUCUCGAAAAGGAAGAGAACCACCACAGUCCACAGCGACACAGGAAACUGAUCACCAUGUUGCUGAGCAGGAUGCAAAAGACUAGUGAUUUAUCUGUCUGGUAACCCACUGGACAGGUGGAGACAGUCAUUAACUGUCAGAUAACAUAAAGAGGGGACUUUAUUGAAUUCAAAAAGAAACAACAGCAAUAGAACUAUGUUAAUAUAUGUACAGAGAGCGGUCACACUGAGCUACCUAACUGUAGCUGGUUUUCCUUUUGUGAAGGCCUUUUAAAGACUGAAGAUGUUUGAACAGACGCAGGGAGUGAAAUGAAUCCAAACACUGUCUGCCUGCAGUUUCUCACUCUCCUCUUUUUUAAAGGCUCUUGCUUGUCACAACACUUGUCGCUUCGUGUUUACAGGGCUCACAGGGCCCGGCGAGGUUGUGCUCCUGACUUUGGGACAAUGUGUGUGGAGGAUCUUCUGUUACUUUUUUUUUUUUUUUUCUAACUGUAACAUGUGAAUAAGGAGACGUUAAAGUCCUGUCUACUGAUUUGUUUUUUCCAUGAUUAGUUUCUAUGCAUAAAAAAAGAAAAAAAGCAAUUUAAUCUACACAUGAAACGGGUGUGUUGUAUUUUCUCUAGUUGUAACUAUUAUUGUGAUGGUGAAUUCCUCCCUUGCGUUGUUUACAUUCGUAAGGUGCCGGACUCCUCGGAGCUUGUGCAACAGCCAUUUAAACCUGUUUUUGUUUGUUUGUUUCCUGUGUUUGAAUACUUCUAAUUUAUGAACGCUGCAUGUUCGUGGUUGUGAAACUGAAUAGUUCUGUUCCACUGAAAAACUACAGGGUUGAUCAGUCGAGUUUUUUUGGGGGGGGGGUGGUGG